CGUUGCAACUGCACAUUCCCCGAUAUGUACGUUCAUCGAGUGCCGAUUCCAGGACCACCCGUUAUCCAGGUGUUUUCCACUAUUACCACAACACCUACACCACCACCUACAAGGCGACGAAAACCUACCACACCUGGGAAAUAUUUUGUUCCUCCUGUAUUCAGUGAAAAUGGAACCCUUCUCUUUGGUAAUUUUACGGAUGAGUUUGGUAACUACACGAAUUUUACGACUGUGGAGCCAUACACAGGGCCACCAACUUUGGGCUAUAAUAGGAGAGAAUGUAUGCUGGCUGCUGUAGGAAUUCCAGUACUUCACGCAGAAUCUCAAUAUGGACAGGUAAGAUAG